AUGUCGGAUUUAUCCAACGAUCUUGCCACAGACCUUGGACCGCUUCUCGCUUUAUUCGGCGAUGCCAUCACAAAGCAGUACCUCAGCGAAUCGACCUCUCUUUUCGACUACAUCAUCUUCGCCUUGGCACCCAUCGGGCUGGUGACGGCCGUCGUAUCCGUCAUCCGCGUAUGCGGAGGCACAUGGUUGCGGUCCUUCAUCGGUCGUGCGCAAGAGGGUGACGCCGCCAUUGUAAGUAACUUCAUCGGUUUCCCUCGCGCUAUUCCUACUCCGAACCAAGUCCGAUCUCCGCAGGGGUAA